AGGAAAAUAAAAUCUCAUCCGUUGAAAAAAUCAACGGUCGUGAUGAUUCAUUCCUUUCAUCUUCUCUCUCCUUCCCCACCAAAAUCUCCUCUGCUUUGUUAAGAAGCGAACCAGAAAUAGAAAGAAACAAGCAGAGAGACAGAGAGAGCACACAAAAAUCCAAGAGAGAGAAAAAUGAGCGAGAGAAAGCGAAAGCUUGAAGAAGAAGCUUCAAGCACAAGCGUCUCACCACUCAACAAAAAGACGAAGCUUAAUGAUUCUGAUUCAUCACCGGACUCUCAUGACGUCAUCGUCUUCGCGGCUUCUUCUUCUUCUAUUGCUUCGUCGGCGGCUUUAGCUUCAGAUGAAUGUUCCGUUACCACCGCCGGAGAAGAAAACGAUCAGUGCUCGAGUAUCAGCUCCGGUUUUUUCACCAGUGAAUCGAAAGAAAUCGCGAAGAACAGUUCGUCGUUUGGUGUAGAUCUGGAGACUCAUGAAAUCAAAACCGAAACCGAAACCUCAACAUUCAUCACCAGCAAUUUCAGAAAAGAGAGAAGUCCAGUGAGCGAGGGUUUGGGAGAAACAACAACAGAAAUGGAAUCAUCGUCGGCGACAGAGAGGAAACAACCGAAAGUGAGCAAGACUCCAACGCCGACGGAGAUUGAGGAUUUCUUUUCGGAGCUAGAGAACGAUAGUAAGAAGCGAUUCAUAGAAAAGUACAACUUCGAUAUUGUCAAUGACGAACCGCUUGAAGGUCGCUACAAGUGGGAUCGACUUUAAGCCAUGAAAAAAGCAAAGCCAAAUAC